AUGUCAGCCCCGGACACCUUCGGUUUGCAGUUAGCCAAGUACACUAACGUCGCUGCAUCAGCAAUCCUAAUUUAUGACUACUUCGUCACUUUACACUCUGAAGUCCAAUGGACCUGGGGACGGAAGUGGGGAAUCAUUCGGACCGCCUUCACGACUUCACGAUAUGUACCUUUUGCUGGUGCGCUUAUGACAUCGUACUCCGCUAUCAAGAUAUGGGGCACGCAAGAUUGUAUACCUUUUAACGAUGCUGUAAAUGGAAUACAUUUCUUGGGCAUCAUUGCCUCGGAAGUUUUGUUGAUUGCUAGGGUCUACGCCUUCUCUGGCAACAAAAAGGCUUAUCUUAUCAUUCUUGUCUCCUUUAGUUUGGCCGUCUUGGUGACUAUUCAUCUCCUUUCAGUCACCCCGCCUUGCGCAUUUGAGGGGUCCCUUAGACUUAGUAGUGCCCUCCCGUAUGGCCUCCUGAUGUUCUUUGAGAUAGUUCUAAUGUCCGCCACCGGAUUUUUGAGAUAUCGACACUAUCUGGGUUCUAAUGGUGCGCUAGUGAAGAGUUUUUAUCGUGAUGGACUACUCUACAUGUUCUGCAUCAUGAUGAUAUCUACAGUCAAUGUGAUCGUUAUCACUGUGUUGCCUCUCUCGUACAGCGAGAUACUAAACACACCCCAGAUUGUUGCGCAGUGUUCUUGCUUCUCGAAUACUAUUCAAUCUUCAAGUAAGCAAGGAACAACUGCUCUUGCUCACCUACCGAUCGACGACUUCAAUGGAACUGUUUUCCCGUCCACAUGA